AUGUCGUCACCAACCGGCAACAAGGUCUUCGCACCUGCCAUCUUCUUCAUCGCUUUCAGAGAAUCCCUCGAAGCGGCGCUGGUCAUCGGCAUACUCAGCGGUCUGUUGGAGACGCUGGUCAACACUGGUCGCGUACAGUCCAAGGUCAAGGCCAAUGACAAGAGCUCGGAUGGAGAAGAGAGCGAUGCGGCAAAUGCUACGGGCAGGUCGCAAGACGAGAGCAAAGCACUCGUGACGAAGCUGCGAUGGAUCGUAAGUCGUGCUCACCGCCCACAUCUCUCCUGCGGACCACCUAGCUGACUUUUGUGCUCGGGGUGCAUUCCACCUCAUCUUGCUUCCCUGCUGCAGGUCAUCCUCGGCGCCCUCUCCGGUCUGUUCAUCGCUUUCUGCAUCGGAGCCGCCUUCCUUGCCGUCUUCUACACUCAAGCCAACGAUCUGUAUGGCAAAGCCGAAGAGCUGUGGGAAGGCAUAUUCAACCUUAUCGCCGUGCUUCUCAUCACUCCCAUGAGUCUAGCCAUCCUGAGGGCAGAUCGUUCCAGAGCAAAGUGGAGACGCAAGCUGAGAAACGCGUUUGCGGAUGUGAGAGCGGACAAGCACGGUGCAGGUAGCCAAUCGAGCCCAAGAGCUGGCAGCGAGGAGGAAUCGGAGGGCAAAUCCCCCGCUAGUGAGGCCGAAAAGAAUUUGGAGCAACCUCAAGAGAUUUCCACCUUGCCUCAAGUAUCCGGACAAUCCGUCGAUGACUCUCAGCAUCGCAGCAAGGGCUUUGCGACCAAGUUCAAAUCCGCGCUUCAACCACUUCGCCAAGGCAAGAAGGGCGCCCUGGCUCUCUUCUUCAUCCCUCUAGUCACCACAUUAAGAGAGGGCCUUGAAGGUGUCGUCUUCAUAGGAGGCGUUUCUCUUGGUCUGCCGGCCACUAGCAUCCCGCUGCCUGCUGUUGUAGGUAUCGCAGCAGGUCUACUGGUAGGCGCCAUCGUAUUCCGCGCUGGUUCCGUAGGCAAACAAGUCCGGUUGUGAGUCUCCCCACGGGGCCAAUGUUCAUUGCUCUAGCGCACCCACGCUGAACCCAUGUUUCCCACCCAGCUUUUUGAUCCUCUCCACCGUCGCCCUCCUCAUCAUCGCAGCAGGUAUGGCAUCCCGAGCAGUCUACUACCUCCAAUUCUACCGCUACGUCAAGCUGGUAGGUGACGCAGCAGCCGAAUCAGGUAGCGGUCCAGGUUCAUACUACUACAAGGACUACGUCUGGCAUCUGGACUGCUGCAACCCUGAAGACACGACUUCUUCCGGUGGGUGGGGUAUCCUCAACAGUCUGGUCGGUUGGAACAACACUGCAACAAUCGGCUCGGUACUGGCUUAUGUGUUCUAUUGGCUCGCCAUCACCGCUUAUCUUGGCUAUGCCGCUUGGAAGGAGGGAAGACUGGCAAAGGUGGUUCGGAAAUUCAGAGGCGUCAAACCAAGCAGCAACGCCAACGCAUCUGUAUCUGCCUGA